AUGGCAGACACAAAAACAAAUAAAAGAUUAGGCCAGAGACUGAAACGCUGUUUAUCAGACCAGAACUUUUUAUCAACUGAUCAGAACACAUGUCGCAGGUUUCCAAAGCCUUUUGGCAAAGAAAAUAUGGCAGGAAAAGUUUCAAUGUGUAAAUUAAAGAGUUCUAAAAAGUCUUUCGAAGACAGUGGAAAGAAUAAGGCAUUUGUAAGCUUACAAUCAAGCAAUGAUAUUUUUGAUGCAAAUAAUAAUCAGGGCAAUUCAUCACUUAGUAAUUAUUCCCACCGUGAGGAUAAUGCUCACUUGUCAACAACUCCACCCCCCAGUCCUACUUGGAAUUUAAAAAUGCUGUGUACAGCUGUCAGUCCAGAAAUACGAAGGAUGCAGCAGCAAAAGAACUGUAUAGAUGAAGGCAGAUCAACUGUUCCUUUGAAUCCAAAUGCUAGCAACUGUGAAGAAAAUAGUCAGGAUUGCAUGGAUUUUGGCUCAUCCCAAGAAAGUGUUUUCAGUCUUGAAAUGGAAGUAAUAACAUCAAGGAAAGAUAAAUCUUUAGGGAAACUUUGUGACAAAUUUCUACAAAAAUAUCCUGAACAUCCUGGCAACAUGCGGAUUGAUAUUUGCCUGGAUGAAGUUGCCAAAGACUUGUCUGUCGAGCGCCGCAGAAUUUAUGAUAUUGUGAAUGUUUUAGAAAGUGUUGAAAUAGUUAGCAGAGCAGCAAAAAAUAAAUACACGUGGCAUGGGAAAACUAAUUUACCUCAUACUUUGGUCAAAUUAAGAAUUUUAGCUAAACAAGAUAAAAUUGCUGAACAAAUGCUAAAAAUCAAAGAGCAAGAAAUGGCUAGAGAACUGGAAGAGUUAAGAAAUCAGGGUGCUAAAGCAGAGGAGGAAAAAUUAGAUGAGAGCUCGCAGACAGUAUUGCAGAGGAAAGAUAAAUCACUUGGAAUUAUGAGUCAGAAGUUUCUUAUGCUAUUUCUUGUCUCAAAGCCAAAGACAGUCAACCUUGAACUUUCUGCUAAAAUUUUAAUUGGGGAUGGUUCUAUUGAAAAUAUUGAAGCCUCAAAGUUUAAAACAAAGAUAAGAAGGCUUUAUGACAUUGCAAAUAUACUAACAAGUUUAGGGCUCAUAAAGAAAAUACAUGUGACUGAAAUCAGAGGCAGAAAGCCUGCUUUUCAAUAUAUUGGCCCUAAUGUAGAUGACAUCCAUGACAUCUCAGUGUGCUCAAAUGAUGGAUGUCAUCGUCCAACUUCUAGACACUCUCUAUUAGAUUGUGUUAAGAAUGAAAAUGUCCAAGAUAUUAUGAAAGGAGGAUUUCGUCCUAUCAAGCCAGCUGGAUCUGUGUAUUCUGGAGAAAAUGCGAAAUUACAAAAACCACAGUAUGCUCAGCUGUCUCGGCAUUCAUCGUUUGAUGAAUUUUGUCGAGUAGUGGAGCAAGAAAGAAAUCUUCUUAUUGGCUCUUCGUCAGAACCUUCCAGCCCUGUGAAAAAACUUAGCUUUGAAGAUUGUCCAAUGACAAUAACAAAGCAUCUGAGCUUUGAGGAUCAAGUUGUCAGAGGUUCUGUAACUCCACACGCCACACAGGCAACUCCUGCUCAGGUUAAGAACAUCUAUCUUUCUACUCCCACACCUGGAACCAAACCAACAGAGACUAUAAUACUCUCUCAAAGUGGGGAGCUUAAGUCUGUAGAUACACAUGGGACCCCUCAGCAAAUCCCCCUUUCUAGAUCUCAAUUUGAACAAGUGCUCGAGUCCCUACGAAUAGCAAAGUCACAUGCGCAGAGGCAAAUUAUUUUUAAUAGGUCGCCAAAGGAUGCUGGAAAAGAUUCAAAUGGGAGUAAGUUGCGGUCACCUGAUUAUGAAAUGGCUGUUCUCAAUGAGACAAGUCCCCUACGCGGGACAUUUCUUAAUCGAACUCUGAAACGAAAUAUUGUUGAAAUGAAUGGACCUGAUAAGAAGCACAUCAGGUUAGAAUCUGUCAUACAUGAAUCAAGUCAAAUGGAAAAAGCUGGGACCACUGAAAUAAAAAUUGGUCUUAGGAGGUUAAACAGCAUGCCACCAUCAAAUUGUGUGCCUGUAUCCUCUGUGCAGCGUGUUAAUAGGUUAAGUAUUGUUCCUUCACCUAAAAUUGUUACAGUACAAAUGAGCAACAAUUCUUGUAGCCAGCUUAGUCAAGGCACUAAUAACCUUACGCCAAAUACACCAGAAUCUAAAUGCAGUAUAGUAACACCUAGAAAAACACCCAUUCCUGUUAGAAUUAUUUCCAACCCUUUUGUUUCCCACAUCUCAGUUUCCCCUCAGGUAAAUCACCGACCCACUGUAGAACCCUUCACUCCGCCAUUGACCCCAGUAAACCAGAGCCAGUCUGUUUUUGCUGUACCUGAAUCGUUAAUGACCCAAAAUAAGGAAACUGUUAUUCAUGUCAUCCAGCAAACAGGAAAUCUUAGAAAAAUGCUUACCUCAAAUUCCACCUCUGCAUCAUCAGAUCAUAACUGUACAACUUUUCUGUUAAAAGUUCCAAGUAAAUUGGCUAAAAAAACCAUUACUAUGUAGUUGUUCACUAGAUCAUAAAAUAUUACUAAGAUAUACUAUUUAAAGUAAUAUUUGUAAUCUAAACACAACUUUUUAUUGCAUCAUUCUAGUUUAUACUUGGUAAAAUAAAACUGAUGUAGAUUGAUCCAGACAAAACUAUUUAAACAGUUGUUAAGCUGUUCCAGUUUUCUUUAUUAUCAUCUUUCACAUCCACUCAAUUUUUUUUAUCAGAACAUAUUUAAUCAUGUUGUUUUACUCUUUGUAAAUUCAUGUUGUAUUUAGUCUUAUGGUAAGUCCAUAGUUAAUUUAAAAAGAGAACAAUUAUAGUAGCAGUUAAUAUUGACUACUGGCCCUUUUAUGACUGAAGCCACCUUAACACGAAAUGUAACAGUGUUGGUUGUGUUAAGAAUCAUACCCUAUACUGAUUUUAUUUAUAUCUAGUAAUAACCAACCCUUUAGUAAAUUACUGUGCCAUAUCAAUUAUAAUUUUAGCAACUUAAGAAAAAAUUACUAAUUAUUAAGUGAAGAAUUUAAGUGAGGUAGUCAAAGAGUGCUUUCUUUAUUUUCUGCCUUGUGUGCCUCAACUUCAUUAUAGUUAUAGCAGCUUUUAUGUUAUUUCUACUAUCUAAAAUUAACAUCAUACUGUUGUGUAAAAGGCAAGAUGUACUGUCAUUAAAUAUGUUAUAUUUUAUCUUACAUUGUAACGAUUUAUUUCUUCAAACCAUAUAUGUCCAAUUUUUAAAAAGAUUUUCUACUUUUAGAGUUAACUAAAUGUAGCUGAAGUUUAUAUUAAUAAUUUGGUGGUGGGGUUUUCCUCUCUUUCUUCUCUCCUCUCUCCCUUUCUCCUCCUCCUUUCCCCCUCCCCACGAUGUGGAAGUAAAACAGCUUGAAUUUUAGGUGGAUUUUAAUCUGCAUAAACAAAGCAAGCUUUGGAUUUUUCUCAGUAUAGUGCUUAUCAACUAACUUGUGCAAUAAGUAUAUCACACCAUAAUAUAAGAGUCAACUAUUCAUAUUCAAAUAUGAUCAUGGAUAAGGCACAACUUUUUUGUGUGUUAUUUAAAUACAUUAUUGUUUUAAAUUGUUAAUACAUAUUCAUUAAAUAUUUAUUGUUUCAUUUUUAAAAUGUAUUUUUUUUUUUAGUGUCUUCUUUUUUUUAAAAAGUUUCAAUUGUAAAAUAUAUGUGUAGGUAUUUUUAAAAAAAUGUGUCAAUAUGAAUGAAUGCUAAAAAAAAUUGUCCUUUUAUGAAAUCUUUCAGUGUCAUUAUAUGUAACAAUAGGUUGGAGGAUAAUUUUACUGAAUGGUUGUUUUUUUUUGUCAUGCUUAACACAUAAUCAACUUCCAUUUGUACACAGAAUACUAUUGUUUUCAGUUAUUUUAAAUUCUUAUGUUGUUGUUUUUUUUAUUUGACUUCUAUGAGAAUUAGUAGAUUGAAAAAUGCACAGUAUUUUUGUUACCUAUAGCUUAGCUUUGGAAAUUGUUUUCAUGUAUUUAAACCCACCCCUAAUUUAAAGAUUUAUUAUUUUUUAUCCUAUUCUUAAUGGAAUAGCAUACAGAAUUGCAUGAAAUGAGUGUAUUUGUCAUGUAUUGUAUUUCAGAUUUUAUAAGCGUACAAUGUGAUAGUUUGUUUUUAAUCUUUAUUUAUUUAAGUUGGUCAGUUUGACUGCUGAUAUAAUGGAACUUUGCAUUAAAUUAUGGUUGCAUUUUUUGUUAGGCAAAAGACUGGUUCUUAAUAAAGUA